GCCGCCUAUUCUGCGCCCAGAGGUGCGGAGAAGACGAAGCUUGCCCUCUAGCCCUGCGUGGUUUGUCUGCGCGGACUAUGCUCGCUCUCUCCACUUAGCGAUACCUCCGAGAGCCUCUCGCUCUCCCGCACCACGGCCGACAUGACACUGCACUGACCAUAGCUUGUCCUUUGAGUAUACUUCGUACACUGCUGCAGAUUCCGCUCGGCUCUCCCUCCCCACACUCGAUGCGAUCAUUGCCUUGCCUUUUCCUGCCCCAGAUGACAUGGCCGACUCCGGCGCAACCGCAGCCACCAUGACCACUCCUUCGCACCCGCACUUCGUCCACGACGAUACCCUGGGCCUGGCCGAGUACGGUCUUGCGCCCGCGACCAGCAACGCCCUCGGCACCAGCCCCUCCAACAUGAUAGGGCAAUUCCCCGCAUUCGACAUUGCCUUUGCGCACACCCAGAACCCCGGAUAUCCGGGCAGUCAGGUCCACCGGGGCAGCGUGGGCGGCGCGAGCGGCAUGAGUGAGGACAACAUGAGCGGCCGAGGCAGUGUGCAUCCGCGGGGACUGAGUAUUGGCGGCAGUCCCAGCGUGCUGGCCCCGGAAGGACACAAUGCGAGUCCUGAGAGCGCGCCCGCAAUGGGCAUGCUGGCCAUGGGCGACAUGAACAGCUCCUCUACUCCAGGCUUGAAGCUCGAAAGGAACGAUGCCCUCAACCUUGGCACUCCAGCAAGCCGCACCAAGGAGGCAGAGCAAGACACGCCACAGUGGAGCGAGAUGAAAACGAAAGCUGGGAAAGAGAGGAAGAGACUGCCGCUUGCGUGCAUUGCGUGCAGAAGAAAGAAGAUCCGCUGUUCAGGCGAAAAGCCAGCGUGCAAGCAUUGCGUCAGAAGCAGGAUACCGUGCGUGUACAAAGUCACAGCGAGAAAAGCGGCGCCGCGAACAGACUACAUGGCCAUGUUGGACAAGCGCCUGAAGCGCAUGGAAGAUCGAGUAAUCAAACUCAUACCAAAAGAGAGCCUGCCCUCAGUGGCGAAUGUCGGAAGAUCAGUCGUCAAGCCCGCCAUACCAGGCGCGCCACCGAAAAAUCAAUCGACCAAGAAACGACAAGCAGAAGAAGCGUUCGGAAACGAGCUGGACGAGUGGGCCAAGUCGAAGGGCGGCGACGCGGACCCCACAGGACAGGCAGGAAGAUCCAAAGAGUCAGACGAGAACGUAUUGCUCAAAGAAGGCGCCGAGAGCUUGCCAUCGAAAGAGAUCCAGGAGCACCUUGCCGAAGUCUACUUCGACUACGUGUACGGUCAGAGCUACCCUCUGCUGCACAAGCCGAGUUUCAUGCGACGCUUGAAUCAAGGCAAAGUCCCACCAGUGCUUAUCCUGGCUAUGUGUGCCAUCUCGGCACGCUUUUCGACACAUCCGCAAUUGCGGACAGAGCCGUGUUUCUUGCGUGGUGAUGAUUGGGCGCAACGAGCGAGAGAGAUUGCGCUAAAGCGCUACGAUUUGCCGAACAUUACGAUUCUAAUUGUGUAUUUGCUACUUGGUCUUCAUGAGUUUGGUACAUGUCAGGGUGGGAGGAGUUGGAUGUUUGGCGGCAUGGCGCAGAGAAUGGCGUACGCUCUGCAACUACACAAGGAGAACGAAUACGACCCGUUGGUGAACGAUCCGGAGAAGAAGCCACUUAGCGCAACAGACCGCGAGAUUCGACGGAGAACCAUGUGGUCCUGCUUCUUAAUGGAUCGGUUCAACUCGUCCGGUACUGAUCGACCUCUCUUUGUGCACGAGCAGUACAUCGAGGUGCAGCUGCCGAUCAAAGAGCAUCUGUAUGUUCACGAGAUCCACGCACCGACCGAGAACUUAGAAGGUGCUGUACCAAACCCCGUUCCACCUGACAGUGGGCAAUUGGCGAACCCGCGAGAAAACAUGGGCGUCACAGCGUACACUGUUCGAUUGGUGUGCGUUUGGGGCAAGCUCAUCAAGUACGUGAACCUGGGUGGCAAGGAGCGGGAACCACAGCCGAUGUGGUCGCCCGAAUCGACGUUCCACAUCAUCAAGAAAGAGGCCAUGGACUUCAAAGAUUCAUUACCUGAGAUGCUCGUCUACACACCGGAGAACUUGAAGAGCCAUGCCAUUGGCAAGACCGCAAACUCGUUCUUGUACUUGCACAUUCUGUGGCAGCAGAUCAUGCUUUUUAUGCAUCGAUUUGCGCUACCAUCGACGGCGGGCGCCCGACCACCGAAAGAUAUGCCGCACGACUUUCUCACAAACUCAGCACGGACAGCGCUUGAGUCGGCGAACCAGAUCUCGCUCUUGAUCAACGAGGCUAUGGAUCACAAUGUCGUUGCGCCCUUCGCUGGAUACUCCGCCUUCUUCUCAUCAACAGUCCACGUACACGGUGUGUUUUCAAAGAACGCUAAGCUCGAGGCGCAGUCAAAGAAGUACCUGGCCUACAACGUCAAGUACCUGACGAAGAUGAAGAAAUACUGGGGCAUGUUCCAGUACAUCGCAGAGAAUCUAAAGGACCUGUACCGACAGCAUGCGGACGCACAGAUGUUAGGAUCUGCAGCGAGCGCCGAUGGAAAGAGCAAGGGUAAUAUAUUCCAGUAUGGCGACUGGUUCGACCGAUACCCACACGGCGUCUCGAAAACAGACUACGAGGAUGCUGUGGAGUCGAAGGCAAAUGAGCCUGGCACAGAUGCUGUACUUGGCGAGAAGAGCGAUCUUCAGAGUGUCGAAGAGUUCUUUGCUUCGCUCUCACCGCCCUCCAGGUCAGACCAACGCAAGCAAGCACGCAAGAUGAAGUCGAAAUCUGUCUCAAAAGCAGCUGCAAACGCAUCAGAAGCAUCCAAACCUCAACGCCAAAAUAGCACAAAAAUACAGCAAACCGCUACAUCGCAACCUCAACCUCAACAACCAAUAUCACACAUCUCCAUUACAAACGACACAUCCAUGUCUACCCCACCGACCACAACCUUCGACCCCUCCACCUACUUCCCGCAACAAAAUCAAUCGACCUCGCAGCAAUUCAUCGCCGAAUUUGCCGGCCCCCACACCCUCCUCCAAACCGGCACCUCGCCCUCGCUCACACACCUUCCUCACCUUUCGAACCCGCACACCCACACUCCGAACCACAUGGACUUGGCUGUAUUCCCUGAUUUAUCUUCCGACUACAAUGCCGCGUUCUGGAACCUAGAAGCCAUGGGUAUGGGCGCGAAUAACUUCUUCGAUCCAAUGAGCAGCUACUUCGUGCCGUUUAACGUUGAGCCGAUGACGGGUGGUGCCGGAGAUGGGGUCUUUGAGAGUCAGACUGCGGCGGAUUAUGGGUUCGGGUUGGGGCAGGGGCAGAAUGUGGAUUUGAAUAUGCUUGAUGCGGGGCAAGGGCAGGGUGAGAUGGGGUUGGAUUUUGAGGGGAGUGUGUGAUGAAUGAUAGAACAACGAGAUUAUGAAGGGGGAUGUGUAAAGCAUUAACGGCUGGGUAUACCACUGCAGGGUGAUAGGCUAUCGUUGUACAAGAGCACUCGCAAAUGAGAGAACUAUGAAUGUAUUUGUAGAGACGAACAUUAUGCCUGUAUUAAUGCUAUCUGGCGCGACUCAUGG